CGUAAUGAGUGACAUUUCAUGGUAUUCAUAACAUAAACGUAUUGUUCGGUGAAAACAAAUUCAUUCAACUCAAAACCAAGCGAUUUUCUAUCCGAAUAUUCUCACGAAAAAAUGCUUCCGCUCUCAUUAUUAAAGACGGCUCAAAGCCAUCCAAUGUUGGUCGAAUUGAAGAAUGGUGAAACAUACAAUGGACAUUUGGUGAGCUGUGAUACAUGGAUGAAUAUCAAUUUGCGUGAAGUGAUUUGUACAUCAAAGGAUGGUGAUCGUUUCUGGCGUAUGCCUGAAUGUUAUAUUCGUGGUAGUACAAUCAAGUACCUGCGAAUUCCAGACGAAGUCAUCGAUAUGGUGAAGGAAGAUGCACAAAUGAAGGCAAGAAAUCGUCAAGAAAUGAAAGGUGGCCGAAAUCAACAGAAUCAAAGACAAGGUGGUAUGGGUCGUCCACAAGGUGGAAAUCAAAAUCGAAGCCAAUUCCAACAACAGCGAAACCCGGCAAAUCGUGGCAAUUUCCAACAUAAAAAACCACAACAACCAAAAUAAGCCACUCACCACACACAUUUAACUGUGACGGUUUUAUUUUUUAAUGGAAAUCAUGAUUAAUAAAAACAAAACAUAAGAAUCUACAUUUGAAAAUAAAAUAAAUCGCAUUUUUAAUAAAAUAGCUCGAAAUUAUGCCGCUGACAAAACAAAUUGUCAAAUACGUCUCGCGCUUUCAUACGCACAUAACCUUAAAGUUUGUUUUGAUAUUGAUAAACAUCAACGUGGGACUGUACAUUCAGACAAGCCGCAUAUAUUUUCGAUUUUUUUUAUUAAUUAUUGUGACACUUUAAUCAA